AUGGCCAGGGCAGACCCUAUAUUGCAAAAAUUUCUCCAGCCACUAAAGAUCGAGAUAGACAAGCUCUAUCGCUUGUCAUACCGUCUGUCAGUCACAUAUCGUGCACUAGCGGCAGGUUCCUCAGAGCAGUUCUUCCCCACUGCCACCACUCGUUUACCAACUGGACACGAGAAGGGACGCUACCUAGCAGUCUAUCUCGGUUUGUUCUAUCUUCGUGUGGCAUUUAUCGAUCUCCUGGGUGAAGAGCAAGUAGAGAAGCACUCCCAUGUUCGGCGUACGCUAGAGAAAGCAUGGCCCAUCGAAAAUCGCCUGCGCCAAGACCAGGCCGACUCCUUGUUUUCCUGGAUCGGAGAUUGUAUUGCAGAGGUUAUCCACGAUGACUUGGCCAGUUCUAAAGAUGACGCACCUUCCGAGAUCACCAUGGGGAUCUCAUUUUGUUUUCCAAUCAAGCAAAAGUUACUCAAUGAGGCCAUCCUCAUGCCUACAGGGAAAGGGUUUACACUCAAAUCCUCCCUUAAUCUCCGACAAGCAUUGCUUGAUGGCUACGAGUGCCACACUAGACGCUCUGAUGAAGAUCCUGCCGAGAUGCCCGCAAAGCGACGGAAGAAAUACUGUCUGCCCAAACUCAAAAUUACGGUCAUGACUAACGAUACGAUCGCCACUUUUGCAUCACUGGCGUAUUCGAUCCGCACUCUUCCCAACACCCGGGUCGUUAUGGGCCUCAUUGUAGGGGCGGGCUGCAAUUCAGCCGUGCCGAUGAAAUUGACCGAUCUCCAAGAAGCGAAAAUUCAACAUAUUCGCGAAAAAGACCCCGACGCCCAAGAGACGAUCGUUUCAACCGAAUGGACGCUUCGGGGUGCCAGUGGGCCGCUGGAAGAGUUGAAGAUCGUAAAUGAAUGGGAUUCCGAGCUUGAAGCAAACUCCAACCGCCCUGGGUUCCAGCCAUUGGAGUAUAUGGUUGGAGGUCGGUACAUCGGCGAAUUAGUGCGCAUCAUAUGUUACGAUUGGUUCCAUAGAACGAAGGCAGUGCCUAGGUCUUCAUUACCUGUGAAAUUGGUCGAGGAAUAUACUCUGACUACGGACUUCUUGUCCCUGGUGGUGGCACCGAGUUAUUCCGAUGAACAACUUGCGAAGGACUUGUCACAAAAGCUUCCCGCCCCAGAGUACAGUGACUGGGAAUGGACACCCGAGUAUGCAGGACAUAUUCGUUCCGUUGCCGCCGCAGUACAAGAACGAUCUGCGGCAUUGAUUGCGGCCGCCACAGUCGGACUUCUUGCCUGCACACGCGAGAUUCAGUUACAGGAUACGGAAUCCACAGAUUCUCCGAUAACAAGUACAGACCAAGUACAACAGACAGCGAACCAGGAAAAUAAAGUUCCCGAAUUCGGGUCGUCAAUACCAGGUUGGCAGAACGGGCCUGAAGAGUUGGUUGUAGCGGUGUCAGGUGGUGUGAUACAACACUACCCUCACUAUAAACAAACCAUUCAACGAUACAUUGAUCGACUUAUCAUUAGUGCUGGGCCACAGAGUGAAGGGAAGAGCAUUUUUCUUCGAGAGGCUAGUGAUGGUGGUAUUAUAGGUGUUGGUGUUCUUGCUGGUACUAUUGCUGGGGAGAUUGAAGGGAUCAUUGGCUCUACUAUGGAAGAGCAGUAUAAAGUUGAAGAAAAUUUACGUGAAAGCUGUAAGGAUAUCACGAAUGUCUGCUGA